AUGAAACUAGCUUUCAUUGUUGUGUGGUAUAUUUUUUGCACCGCUUACGUCACAAGUCAAUCUCACUGUGUUGGCACCUGCUAUUCGGGACAACUUUUCCCAGAGCCCCAAGACAUCUUCCAUGGAAAACAUCUCAAGGGAUACUCCUACAACAACAUCACCACUGAUAAUCCGGUCAAGUGCUACUCAUCUUGUGUCCACGAUUGUCGUUGUAAGGCGUGCCAGAUGAAAGAUGCAAGAUGCGAGUUGCUGGAUGAGGACAAGACUUCAAAGGUUCACAAGUUUCUAGAUGACCCAGGAUACGUGUACUUUGAUCUCCAACAGACCAUGUACCAAGGGGAAUCCCACAUGUUACCACCAGAUGUUUCGUGCUACAAUGGCUGCUGUCGAUCUCAACCUUGCAUGAACGGAGGGACAUGCGUAGAGCACUGUCACACUCCUAAAGAAAAGUUUACAUGUAACUGCAGUUCCUAUUAUACUGGCAAAGUAUGCGAAAAAAAGGCUCAUUCGUGUAUAGACAUUAUGUUAAAUGCACCAACUUUCCCUCAAGAUGGAGUUUAUACGAUAUUGCGGUCAGAUAACAAAGCCACAAYCCRGGUAUAUUGUUCUUUUAACGUUCCCAACCAGGCCUGGGCUUUGAUUGAAUCAUUUGCAUUCAAAAACAGCCAAGAAUUUAAAAAUAAACCAUUCUACGUGAGGUUUUCCGCCGUCAAUAAAGCUCAUCCUCCAAGCUGGGAUCGAUUUCGUACGGCAAACUCAAUAAUGACUUAUUUGCAAUCAAAAUCCACGCUGUUCAGAGCUACUUGUGACUUCCCAAAACGAUCUUCUUUGACUCCAGAUCUUCUGAUUGGUUCCUURARUGACGUAAASAUWRUGRCUGACAGSGACAUCCAUGAAUGYAGGAGGUACAAGUUUAUUGAUAUCAGAGGAUAUAACUGUACCAACUGUACUGCCGCGACCUAUAAUAAUGGWGUCGAUAACUGGCAUUUUCAUCUUGAUGUAACAUUUGACCAACMAUGCACCUUUAAGCCACCUAGUAAAUCCAAUGUUGACARCUUUGGCUAUUAUCWUACAGUUGAUGAUACGAAACCAAGUAACAAGUACGGGGUGUCAACAUGCACUGCAACCCCUGAAUCUACAACACAGUGGUGGUUAGGACAAGAGACUAACGACUAA